AUGGGCAUCAUUACUGUUUCUCUGCAAUCUCCUAAUAGCUUUAAUUUAGUCAUAUACAGGUAUAUUUAUAAUGAUUUGCUUUUGCUGUCUCUCUGCACAAAAAUUGCCUGUUAGUAAGUAUAAUCAGUAUGAUUCAUAUUUAUUGCUACUUUAAACAAAGUGUAAAAAGUAUUUAAUGGUCUAUUUGUGUACAAGUUCCCCUGUUCAGGUUUCAUGUGGUGAGUUUUAUACUCUCUCCCCCCAGUGUUUUCAAGGAGAAGCGAAUCCUUCAGAAGGUUACCAGCGCAGAGCACCCAUUCCUGGUUUCCUUAUACGCCACAUUCCAGAGUGAGAAUCACCUCUUUUUUGUCAUGGAAUAUCUUCCUGGAGGUGAUCUGUGCCAUCUGCUCGAGCAUCAAGGAGCAUUUGAGGAGUCAAAAGCCAUGUAAGUGGGAAUUAGGGAUUAGGAUUCAGGGUUGAUCCAUGUGAAAUACUGGGGUGUCUGACUGGUAGAGAGUCCUGGCACACUGAGAAUCUUAUUUAUAUAGAGUAGCAUUCACAUAUAUGUCCUAAAUCUAUCAAAUCACUCAUUGAAUUAUUUUCCUCUUUAUGUAGGUUUUACACUGCCUGUGUAGUCCUCGGCCUGGAGGAAUUGCACCGGAACAAUAUUGUUCAUAGGUAAGUGUUACAGCUCUUAUAGCACUGUACAAAUCACAUUAUCCAAUAUAAAAUAAAGAAUGAUGUAAUUUAUCUGUGUCUUCCCCUCGCUAUAAUGUCUGCUAUUAAAUAAUUUUCAUUUUUCUUUAAAUUCAGAGACUUGAAACUGGAAAAUCUAAUGGUCGAUGUGCAUGGCUAUCUGAAAAUCGUGGAUUUUGGCCUGAGCAAAGAUGGUUUCAGAUAUGGAGAUCGCAGUAAGACCCGGUGCGGAACAAACUGCUACAUGGCCCCAGAGAUCAUUGAUGAGAUGGCAUACAGCAGGGCCGUUGACUGGUGGGCCCUUGGGGUUGUGUUAUAUGUCAUGAUCAUGUUCCAGUUCCCAUUUGAUGCAGAAGAUGACAUGGAAUUAUUUGAGAGCAUCAGGAACAACAAACCUGCCCUGACAGAGGAAUUGUCAGAGGAAGCUCAGUGCCUAAUACUAAGAGUAAGUGGAUGAUUUGGCUGUGGGACUGGGAUGGGGCCUGAUGGUUCUGUCAAUUUAACAAUUUUACCUUUAUUUUAGUUACUGGAGAAAAAUCCAUGUCAUCGCCUCGGAUCCAGCGAGACUGGUGCUGAAGAGGUUAAAGCCCAUGAAUUCUUUGAAGAUAUUGAUUGGGAAGAAUUUCUUGAAAGAGAACUGAUGCCUCCAUUUAAACCAGAUGUCAGUGGCCUUACAGAGAGUACCAGGCAAUCUGAAUGCCAAGCCUGGGGAUUAAUGCCGCCAGCUGAAGCGAUAUCAGCAGAAGCAGAAGCGUUAUUUGAAGGAUUCGACUAUUCAGCUGAGUGAGAGGCAAUUGCAAGGGGCAGAUAUAUGACUGGAAAGGGCGGGUGGAGGGCCAGUCCAUAUACAAAUCAGAAGCCCCAUUGACUUAAAGUUAAUAUCAGAUGCCCCAAGUCAUCAGUUUCUGAAGGAACAGUCUAAUGGUGGCGCCAAAGUAUCUGUACAUCAGCCUUAAGGGGCAGAGUUCUGGACUGAGAUUCAAAAGAGACCCUGACAUUUCAAGUACAAAGAGAUCCAAACAGCCCCCUGUGGCAUUUGCCAGAAUCUACAGAUUGCCACUCCGGGCCUGACCUGAUUGUAAAGGAACAGCCUAAUGGUGGAACAACAGUAUCUGCAGGUGGCGCCAGAGUAUCUGUACAUCAGCCCUGAAGAGCAGAGUCAUUCAAGAGUCAAUGAGUGAGAUACAGACUGUUGGAAGGGGCAAAUAUAUGACUGGAGCACAGU